AUGAGCCCAUAUGAACAGAACGCCAGUCUCCUCGACUGGUUGCAAGGGUCAGAGCAUCGUGCACCUUCCAACGCGGUCCGUUCAAGUCGAAACAGACUCUCGAUGACUGGGGAGCACAGCCCGGAGCCUGGCCUAGCAAGCGAUGCUGCAAUCUCGUUAAAAGAUAUGCUACGCAACGAUCCAUGGACUCACAAUGAGGUUCCUGAGGCAAUCCAUUUACCAGACUCCCAUGCAUCGUCUUCUACAGUCAAUGAGAACCCUUCUGGUCUCAACAUGCCGAACGAUUCUCUGGUGGCCUUUUUGCACUCUGAUGGACCGGUGGUGCCAUCUAUGGUUCCACUUUUGGGACCGAUACUAUCGUCCACAAGUUCACCACAAGCAGAGGACAUAUUCUUUGACACAGGGAGGACAGGAAGGAUAAGAAGGCCUCGUACUCGGAAGAAGAAACGAACAACCCGGUUUUCUUACGACAAAACCAUCGAAAAUGCGGGAAGAUUUCUGGGUCACAUCAAGCACGGGAACGUCGGCAAAGACUCGCGUCAGGAUAAAGCCUCAGUUAUCUAUUACGAUUAUACCGAUAGUUCCAGGUCCAGUGCAGUCCAUAUCAUGUCUUCGGGACGCAUAGCAAAUCUGGGAUAUCCGCCGCCCAAUUUCCGUCUCAGACUUCUUGUUGUGGAGGAUUUAACGAACUCAACAAUUAAUGCACUUGGGGAGACAUUUAGCAUCAACCAUGAAUUUUUCGAAGAACACUUAUUAAGCUCAGGAUAUGCAGGCGCAGAUUAUAACAUGAUGCCUUCUCGGUCAUGGGCGACGGGCUCUUUGGAAAAGUCGUAUUUCUCAAUGAGGUGGAUCAGGCCCGUUUUUCGACAGCCCAUGUAUUCUUCGAGUCGCAGCAUGAAAGAUCUUGUGAAGGCCAGUACUCGCAUGACGAAAAGAGUUGGACCUGUCGUUGAAAUAAGUGAUGAAGAUGACUCUGGCCAGGAUGAUAAAAUAGGGGUGGAACAUUUUACCACGACUGUUUCCACGAACAUUUUUCGGUUGGAUUGGCCAUUAUGGACAAACCCGGCAAAGACAGCUAAUAUGAAAAGAGAGAGUGCGGGUUGGAAGAAAGACUGA